UUACAUUAAAUCCUCUUCACUGGGAAUUAUAGUGGUUAUAUAAACCGUCUCCGACUUCUUGAUUUCUCACAUUCUCGAAAUUCCUGGUUUGUCAUGGCAGAUAGGCAGAUCAACCAAACAGUUGGCAUUUAUCUGUUCUCCAUGUUGAUGCUUUUGACCCUUCUUCCUCCAGCCCAUGUUGUCUCCAUGGCAUGUAAUGCAUGUGGCCCGGAAUGCGCUAAUGCUUGUGGAACCGCAAUGUUUCGCGCAUGCUGCUUUAACUACAACAGAAAGCGAAGUGUUCCAGAAGAAGAAAUUGAUCAUAUGGCUAUUGAUAACGCUGCCAAUCUGUCAGAAGGUCUGGAUAUAGGCCCUUGGUCCAGUGGAGAUUUAGGCAAGAUGACAAUAGCAAAGAUUAAUCCAAAUUAUCCAAAAUCAUUUCUUACGGAAAAAUGGUCUCAGUUGUUUGGAAAAACAACUGAAGGAGGUCUGAAUAAAAUUCGGUAUCAGCCUUAUUAUGGAAACAAUAAUUACUGAAUAACAAGAAUAUUUUCCUUAUUCAGCAUAAUAAUAUGGUGACAUUUUAAUAAGUACUUUGAUAAUUCCUGUAAUACUCAAAAUAUUCUUUUGUGAAUUAAACAAGCAAAUAAAUAAAUUAUUGAGAUUA